CACUUUUGUCAGCCAUACCCUUGCUCCUCAUCACAAUGCCUCUCACCUCAAGAGCUCUCAUUGCUCUGGCCGCACUACUCAACAUUGCUUCCGCAAGACCGAUUGAGGAGAGCCUCGAGUCUCGACAAAAUGCCGAAUGGGAUGUCAUCAUCGUUGGCGCUGGUCCAGGAGGAAUCGUUACAGCGGAUCGCAUGAGCGAGGCCGGCAAGCGGACACUUCUCCUCGAGCAGGGCGGAGGUUCCUACUAUAGCACCGGUGGAAGAGAGCGACCAGAAUGGUUGUCGAACACAGAACUCUCCCGCGUGGACGUGCCAGGUCUAUACAGCUCCAUCUUCAGCGGCGACUCGAAGUUACUGUGCGGCGACAAGCAGAAUGGUGGAUUUGGAGGGUGUACCAUUGGCGGCUCGAGCGCUAUCAACGCAGAACUGUUCAUCCACCCGCCGGCAUCAGACUUCGACACUUACUACCCUGAGCAAUGGAAGUCGAAAGACAUGAAGAGCGCGAUCGAGAAGGUCAAGGCCAAGCAGCCUUACACCAACACACCUUCUGCUGAUGGUAAACGAUACAUGCAGUCUGGUUACGAUGCAAGUCAGAAUUGGCUGGUCAAUGGCGCUGGACUCAAGAACGUCGCAGUCAACGGCAAGCCAAAUGAGAAGGACGGUGUCUUCGGACGAACAAAUUACGCUUAUGAGCGUGGUCAGCGAAGCGGACCCGCGAAGACAUACCUGACAUCUGCGCUUGCACGGCCAAACUUCUCCCUGAAAUCUGGUGUCCAGGUCAAACGAGUGCAGCGAAACGGUGGAAAGGCAACCGCCGUCGAGGCGACCGAGAACGGAAAGACCACCACCUACCGUCUCUCCCAAAAUGGGCGUGUCAUCUUGAGUGGCGGAUCAUUCUUCAGUCCCCAACUGCUUAUGAUGUCUGGUAUUGGCGAUCCAGCUUCAUUGACAAACCUUACCCAGAACAAAUUGCUUGACAUGAAGCCUACAGCAUGGAUCAACAAUACGGCUGUUGGCGAUAACCUCUACGACAAUCCAAAUACAUUCAUCGUCCUCUCGGGGCCAAAUGUCCAGUCAUACAACUUCAACUACGACUCGCCAAUCGCCUCCGACAAGGACCUAUACCUUAAAUCCCGGAGUGGACCGUACUCAAGUGCUGGCCCGACUGGUCUCCUUUGGGACAAGGUGAAGCAGGCAGAUGGCUCCAGCAUCGCUGUGCAAGGUACCGUGAACGUUGCAGGAUCCUUUGACUACACCGGCAAUGACACGAUCACCCUCAACGUCUAUGCCACAUCCGGUGCCAAGUCCAAGAGCAGACUCGUACUCAACGAGAAGGGUCUCCCAGGCAUGGCAUCAGACUUCCUGUUCAGCAAUCCAGCUGAUGCUGAUGCCGUUGCGACUGUCAUCCACAAGAUUUUCCAGGCUCUUCCAGCAAGCGGCUUGACAUCUCUCAAUCUCCCUGCCACCUCAUCGAAGGACGAGAUUUUGAGAUACAUCGCUUUUCCCUCGAAGUACACCAAAGGUUACGUCAACCACUGGAGUGGAAGCUGCAAGAUCGGCACCUGUGUCGACCAGAACACGAAAGUCAAGGGCAUGGAGAAUCUGCAUGUUGUGGAUUCCUCCAUUACUGAAGCAUUCACCACGAAUCCGAUGUUCGGAAUUGUGGCUGUUGCUGAGCGGGCAAGUGAGUUGAUUCUUGCUCUGGACAAGAAGUAGAGCUUUUCGGAAAUACCUCUGUCAUUAUCGACUGAAGCGUUCAAGCGAGCGAGGCAUUGCCAUUGCAUUCCAAUUUUGCAAGGAAGAAAGCGAUAGAACCUGCACCAGGGAGAAACAAAACACAGCAGGAACAGCAUCAAGCCUCAGAACAGAAGACAUCAUAUACAUACCAAAUUCAUUGAUUAAUCAUCACACAUUCUCUACC